AAAAAAAAAGAGGAAAAAAAAAGAGAGAGAGGAGAGGGCAUUGGCCUUGGCCUUGGCCUUUGUUAGGGUUUCCUUAGUGUCACUGUUGUCGGUGGGGGAUUUGGGGACGUGGGGGGUUUUGUUGACCUGAUUAUGUUGUUGUGUUUCCUGGGGCUCAUGCACACUAUAUGUAAUGCUAGUUUGUUUCCACUGUGAUUAACCAUUUGUCUUUACUUUGCUGUUGCCUGAUCUAUGUACUUGGAAACAUUCUGUGAGUUUCUUCAUGGAUCUGCCUUAGCUGAGAGGAUCUGAAUCUGUGUCUCUUGUUUCAGAUUAUUAGACAUUACUAUUUAGUGCACCAGAUUUAGUGGCCAAAACCAUGUAACUCUGGUUCCUUGAUCUAAUCCGUCCCGAUAGAUUAUUGGGCAGUUUUUCUCCUUUGAAAUAGAUCGCGAGAGUGAAUAAAAAGCAGCUAACUCAUCGAAAUAAACUUAACAAUGGAGGAAACGUUCGUGCCGUUGCGCGGCAUCAAGAAUGAUCUUCGGGGUAGACUUAUGUGCUACAAGCAAGAUUGGACAGGCGGCCUUUGCACCGGAAUCAGAAUCUUGGCUCCGACUACAUAUAUUUUCUUUGCUUCGGCGAUUCCGGUGAUAUCAUUUGGAGAACAGUUGGAAAGAAAUACCGAUGGGGUCAUAACAGCAGUACAAACAUUGGCGUCGACUGCUCUUUGCGGUAUUAUCCAUUCGAUUAUAGGAGGCCAACCUCUUUUGAUUCUUGGCGUGGCGGAGCCCACAGUGCUCAUGUACACUUUCAUGUUCAAUUUUGCAAAAGAUCGAGCCGAUUUGGGUCGGGGCUUGUUUCUGGCUUGGACUGGUUGGGUUUGUGUGUGGACUGCAUUCUUGCUCUUCCUACUGUCUAUACUUGGGGCGUGCUCGAUCAUCAAUAGAUUUACUCGCCUAGCUGGCGAGUUGUUUGGCCUGCUGAUUGCCAUGCUCUUUAUGCAACAAGCUAUUAAGGGGCUUGUGGACGAGUUCCGCAUACCAAAAAGAGAAAACCCCAAAGCGCUGGAAUUCAUUCCAUCAUGGAGAUUUGCAAACGGGAUGUUUGCUCUCGUUCUGUCAUUUGGCCUUCUUCUUACUGCACUAAGAAGUAGAAAGGCUCGGUCUUGGCGCUACGGAGCUGGUUGGCUACGAGGUUUCAUCGCAGACUAUGGGGUGCCACUUAUGAUCCUUGUAUGGACUGGAGUUUCCUACAUUCCGUCAGGUAGCGUACCUAAAGGGAUCCCUCGGCGCCUCUUCAGCCCCAACCCCUGGUCACCUGGAGCUUAUGAGAACUGGACAGUUAUCAAGGACAUGCCCCAUGUGCCGUUUCUCUACAUACUUGGAGCUUUCAUACCGGCCACAAUGAUAGCAGUUCUUUACUACUUUGAUCACAGUGUAGCUUCCCAGCUUGCUCAGCAAAAGGAGUUCAAUCUGAGAAAGCCUCCGUCUUUCCAUUACGAUUUGCUUCUUCUAGGUUUUCUGACAUUAUUAUGUGGACUUGUUGGAAUCCCUCCAUCAAACGGGGUCAUUCCACAAUCUCCAAUGCACACGAAGUGCUUAGCUACUCUUAAGCAUCAGCUUCUUCGAAAUCGGUUAGUAGCUACUGCACGCCAGAGUAUGAGCCAGAAUUCGAGUUUGAGCCAAGUAUACAGCAAUAUGCAAGAUGCUUAUCAGCAGAUGCAGACCCCGUUGAUCUAUCAAGAACAGUCGGCCCGAGGAUUGAAAGAACUUAAGGACUCGACAAUUCAGUUGGCUUCGAGCAUGGGAAACAUCGACGCACCUGUUGAUGAGUCAGUAUUCGAUAUAGAGAAGGAGAUCGAUGACCUUCUCCCUGUUGAGGUUAAAGAACAGAGAUUAAGUAAUUUACUUCAGGCUUUGAUGGUGGGAGGUUGUGUUGGCGCCAUGCCUUUCCUUAAAAAGAUCCCGACUUCAGUUCUUUGGGGUUACUUUGCCUUCAUGGCCAUUGAAAGCUUACCCGGAAACCAAUUCUGGGAAAGGAUUCUCCUCCUCUUCACUGCUCCAAGUAGAAGAUACAAAGUUCUUGAGAAGUACCAUGCGACCUUUGUGGAGACCGUGCCAUUUAAGACGAUCACGUGGUUUACUCUUUUCCAAACGGCUUAUUUGCUUGUGUGCUUUGGAAUUACGUGGAUUCCUAUUGCUGGGGUUCUUUUCCCGAUGAUGAUCAUGCUUCUAGUACCUGUAAGGCAGUAUAUUCUUCCUAAGCUCUUCAAAGGGGCUCAUCUCACAGACUUGGAUGCGGCAGAGUACGAAGAAUCCCCAGCUAUACCCUUCAACCUCGCAAUGGAGGUGGACAUUGGCAUGAGGAGAGUAGAGAGUGGCGAAAUCCUCGACGACAUGGUGACAAGAAGCCGAGGUGAGAUCAAGCACAUGAACAGCCCGAAAAUCACUAGCUCGAGCGGAACACCUACCACGGAUUUAAGGGGCCUUAGCAGCCCGCGCUUCUCCGAGAAGGCGUAUAGCCCACGAAUAAGUGAGCUGAGGCAGGAGAUCAGCCCACAGCCCGGUGGAAGGGGAGGACCCAUUAGCCCCCGAACAGGAGAGAUUCGACCAUCGAAGUUGGGAGAAGGAGCUGCUUCGAAGUAGUCAAGGAGGAGUUGUUUUCUUUAUAGUAGGAUGCUUAUUAUGCUAACCUGUUCAUAAAACUAUGUCAGUGUGCCUCUCUCUUUCCGCUAGGUAUAGUUAAGCUUCUAAAAUUCUCUAUUAUUUGCACCGUAUGGGCUAUAUGGCCUUAUAAUGAAUUAUGUAUUUAUAAAUCUCCACCAUUUGUUCUUUCUUUGCUCAUGUUAAUUAUGAGAGAUUUAUGUUAUGUUCGAAUUAGCAAAAUUGUAGAAGUUUCUUUUCUUGUUUCAUAUAUAAAGAGAACUGUACUUCAGAUUGCUAGCAA